GUCCGGAACGUAGAUGCGCGCGCCCCUGGUGGCGGCGCGCCGAACUAGCUCGAGGCAGAUACUGGAAGGCGCCCCCAUAAGCCUAUACAUGUAAACACGGACUUGGUGGGCUUUGUUUGCUUUAAAUUAAGACACACUUAUGAACGAAAAUGCCGCUCACUAGUAUUUCCGACGUGGUAGGGGCCACCAAUGAGGGAAUAAGAUGUCUAAUUGAAGGGGAGCGUGUGCUGGAAGGGAAAAUGCUCAUAACCGUAGGCAGUCUGGGGGUCUCGGACAACCGGGUGCUCAAGGUUUGGGCCCUCUGUCUUCAAUCAUCAACUUUGUCCGGCGCACCCCAUGUCAUCGAAGCAUCCCUUAAUCUGAGAUCAACGUCGAAAAGGGUAGUUAAAAUAAAAUGCAGCUGUAAGGCUGGACAGUCCGAAAAGUGUAAGCACUGCAUCGCACUUCUAAUGUACUUGAACAGACUUGAUGACGAGUCACAUUUGGAGGAUCUGAGCUGCACAGACUUAACUCAACAAUGGGGCAAACUGAAGAAGACGUCACUAUCAGAGUUUGAAGCUGUACCAUUGACAAAAUUCUGCCACUUCAUACCACCUCAACCUAUCUAUGCGAAAGGAAUCCCAGAUGUAUCUGAUGAAUUGGCCCUUGAAUUUGCCCAACUGAUCAUUCAAGGAGCUCCGAAGAGUGAGUCAUAUUUACACUCAACAAGAGCACGAGCUGUUUUAUCUGCUGUGACUUGUAGCUCAGACACCUUAAGUUCAGAAGCAGAUAAUAGGCGUCAAUCAGCUGGGAAACUCACUGAAGCUCUCCUGGAUAAUACAAAAUUUUCUUGUUUGAAGAAGCUUAAGGCCCUGACUGAUGCAAGAGUAAAUGCUCUCUCUCCAGACCUUUUGGAAUUUUACAACAAAAAUGUUGUUGUUUCCACUCAGCAGUCUGUUAUGCUGGCCUCAUUCACAGCAACUCAAUGCGAAGAGAUGUGGGACGUAGCACGGAAAGUAAGGGUGACAGGAACCAGAGUUUACCCUCUGUCCACAUACACCAAAAACAAGAAAGCUGAUUGGGGAAAAAAAUUAGAGAAAGUGUUCAAUUCUCAAUUCAAAGGUACACCUGCUACAAUGUAUGGUUUGGAAAAUGAGCCAAAGGCCAGGGCAACUUAUGCUAAAAAAUGUGGUGUUAAAGUUGUUGAAAAUGGUAUCCUAGUUCAUCCUGAUGUACCAUGGCUUGGCACCAGUGUGGAUGGUGUGGUAGUUGACGAUGAAGAGAAACCUCAAAAAGUCAUUGAAAUUAAGUGUCUCGUGGCAGGGAAAACUGUGACUGCUUCAGAAUUGCCUAAGCUUGCUGACUGCUGCCAGAAACGUAAACUAAAGAAGAAACACAAAUUCCAUGGACAAGUCCAACUUGCAAUGUUGUUGGCAGGUUUAGAUAAAUGUGAUUUUAUACUUUACUCUAGUAUGGAUGAUACCUUCGUAUCUCAGUGUGUGUUAUAUGAUGACAAAUUCAUGUAUGAUACUGUAAAACCAGUAUUAGAUAUCUAUUUUAGUGAAAUUCUUCCUUAUCUGUACACAAAAAUGUCUGUGGAAUCCGGCAAUGAAGAAGAAGACGAAGAAGAACUUGAAUGAAAUGUAAGAAUAUGUUUAUUCUAAGAUGAGUACUUGCUUUUUCAAAUACAUUUUAAUCCUCACUGAAA